CCGGGAAUCAGCUGCUUCCUAUGAGGACAUUUACAGUAAAUCAGGAGCUACAUUUAGCCCAAUAGUCGUCAGAAACAGAUGCUAACACCGCAGUUCAUCACACGUUAACAUUAAACACAAGAGGAUACCUGUGUUCAGAGUCUGCGCUGUCUGUGGAGCCUCUUUGGGGACUAUUGCGAGAUGAAGGUGCUGACUCUGCAGCCUGCAGAUGUGGCCAAAGGAGAGCAGACGCAUCAGGCCACAUAUGGGAGGAGUUUAUCUUCCAGCUACACUCCCCUGUGUCUUGAGAACAAGCUCCUAACUCGGACGUCCACGCUCAUACCCCCACUCUUAAACCUUGCAGCCCAGCCUUCCUCCUGCCCUGCUCUGCAGCCCUCCAGCCUGUCUUCCACCUCAUCCUCCCUUCUCUCCACCCCUUCCUUCUCACCCUUUCUCACCUCUCCCCUCCUUAGCACGGAGAACAAGUUCUUAGAAAGCAAAUCACCUCUUCUUUCUUUUUCCCUGACCUCAAAAACAACCAUCCCCAAUGUCUCCCUGCUCUCAACAUCCACAGCCAGCCGUCACUUUGUUCAUCUUCCUUCUCCCCUCACUCCUGUUUUGGGAGAGCAGAAGGGUGUUGAUGGAGGAGAUGAAGAUGAAGAGCACUCUUCUGAAUUUAUGUCCUCCUUUAAAGAUACAAGUGUGACUGAUUCAUCUGAGGAAGAUGAAUACUGGUCUGAAGAGGCAGAUACCGCUGGAUCACACCCAGAUUUAGCCGUCUUUGGAGGGGAGGCGGACAACCAAGAACUGGACCAAUCUCUGGUCAUCAGACAGGAGGAAUUUGCUGAGCUGGAAAGGGGAGAGGAUCAAAUCGCAGAGGAGCUGAAGGAUAAAAAAUAUCUCCUGCUGAACGAUGUGUGCUGCUCCCUGAUCAAUAAGUCGAAAAAUCCAGGUGAGAAGGACUGGGACUUAGAGGACAGUGCCUGGACCAGGAUCAUGAACCUGUCGAAGGACAUUUCUGACUCUGACCCACAGUUUCUUCUAAAGGUUGCAGUUUACACUCGACAGGAGCUGAACAUCCGCAUCACAGCAAACUUCUUAUUGGCUCUGGCUGCCAAUCAGCCGUCCACAAAGUCACAUGUCCGCAGAUACUUCUGUGCUGCCGUACAGCUGCCCUCAGACUGGCUGGAGGUCAUCAGGAUCUACAGUACAUGCUUCAGCCGCUCUCUGCCGAUGUGCCUGAAGAAGGCGAUGGCUGACAAAUUCAAGCAGUUCAACGAGUACCAGCUGGCUAAAUACAACACACGCAAACACCGCUGUAAACACAGCCGCAACAGACCCAAAAACAAGGAACCAAACAAAGAUAAGCUGAAACAGUGGGCGAGCUUGCUGCGAUCAGAUUCAACUAUUCUGUCCAAGUUUCUGAAAGUAGAGGAAAACAGACAGGUGGUGGAUAAAAAGCAGAGUGAGUUCAGUAUGAAGAAGCUGAUCAAGAAGCUUCACCUUAAAGAACCAGCUGAACAUGUGAUGGCCAUCCUGGGAAGAAAGUAUCCGGCUGAUCUGAAGUCUUUCACUAAAAGUGGGAUGAAGGGCGAGUGGGACAGGGAGCGAGCCGGGCAGCGCAUGAAACUGAAAGAGCCGGAGACGUGGGACCGGCUGCUCAGUCUGAAGGGAAACAAGGCUGCUACCUGGGAGAAACUCAUCGACAACAAGUCUCUUCCAUUCAUGGCCAUGCUGAGGAACCUGAGGAACAUGAUCACUAAAGGCAUCAGUGAGGCUCACCACAACAAGAUCCUCAGCAGACUCACCAACAAGAAAGCUGUUAUUCAGAGCCGACAGUUUCCAUUCAGAUUCCUCGCCGCCUAUAAAGUCAUCAUGCAGCUUCAAACUUUGGCCUCAGCUACCCAGAAGGCCAUGCCCCCUGUCAAAGACAUCCUGAAGGACAUCCUGAAGAAGAUCCCCAGGAGCAAUCGUUUUAAACGUAUGGACUGGGAGACAACUGUGAGGAGCAGACUGAGGGUGACGCUCGGAGUGCCGUUUGUCUACAGACUGUACAGAAUGAAGAAGGCUCAGCUCAUAAAAGCCAAUGAGAGGCUGUUCACUAUGGAACUGUUGGGUCGUUACCGUAAAGCUCUGGAGACGGCUGUGCAGCUCUCCUGUCGGUACAACGUGCCCCCGCUCCCCGGACGGACCGUCAUCCUGCUGCCCACAAAUAUGAGUACCAACACGGCUCAGAAACACGACUUCUGCCUCCCACCAGACCCCGAGAAAAUAGAUGAGGAGGAGGAAGAGGAGGAGGAGGAGAGGAGAGGGAAGAAGACAAAUCGUGAGGAAGAUAAGCUCACUCCCUCUUCUGAUGAGAUUGCAGUUCUGCUCUCUCUGAUGAUCUGCAGCAGUGCUGAGGACUGUCAGAUCCACAUGUAUGACUGGAAUCACACUGAAGAACUAGAGCUGAAGUCUGAUGUUCUCCUGGAUAACGUCAGGAGUGUGAUCAAACAAAUGAAGGCAUUUGAGGGAAGUGAACGCAAUUCCAUCUCCAAGGUGUUCAACAACAAGAGCAAGAUCGACAACAUCAUCGUGCUGAGUGAAUACUAUUUGCCUAAUACAAUCAGUUGGACCUUGAGCAGCUACAGGAAGGACGUGAACAACAAAGCCCUCUUGGUGCAGAUCUUCCUCUCAGACAUGCAGCACUACUACACAGAGACUCAAAAUGAAAGGAACUGUGUGAGCCUCAAAGGCUUCAGUGAACAAAUACUCAGGUUUGUGGUAGAGCGAGGGUCGUCCAGGCUGAUGGAACAUGUGGAGCAUUUAGACAAACUGUACAACGUCCCUCCACCAGAGGGAGCUAAAGGCCCCCAGACCUCAAACAGCAUCGUAGCAAUACCAACCAGCCCAAAGUUAAGGUGGAGAAGUGUCCGCGUGUUUGUCUCCUCCACUUUCAGAGACAUGCACGCUGAGCGGGACAUCUUGGUGCACAGCGUGUUCCCCGAGCUCAGGCGUCGUGCUGCUCAACACUGCCUCUACCUGCAGGAGGUGGAGCUGCGCUGGGGUGUGACAGAGGAGGAGUCGGAGCGAGCUGUGGAGCUGUGCCUGUCGGAGGUUUGUCGCAGCCAGAUGAUGGUGGGAAUCCUGGGAGAGAGGUACGGCCUGGUGCCUCCCGAAUCUGCCCUCCAUGACCUGCCGCAGUACAGCUGGCUGGCGGACAUGUCUGUCACAGAGAUGGAGAUCCGUCAGUUCCAGUCUCUUUACCCCGACACAACCAGCCAGCGGAUGUUCUGCUACUUCAGAGACCCAAACAGCACCAAAUCAGUUCCUGUGGCGUGGAGAUCUCAUUUUGUUGCUGAAUCAAAGGAGGCGGAGUCUAAAAUAAAGUCUCUGAAGGACAUGAUACGGGACCAUGGAAUGAAGGUCACUGAGAAUUACUCGUGUGAGUGGGGAGGAGUUGUGGAUGGAAAACCAUAUCUGAAAAACCUGGAGGACUUUGGCAAAGCCGUUCUGGACGACCUGUGGACGGCUAUCGUAAAGCAGUAUGUUGAAGAGGAUGAUGACGCCGAGGCCGUGUCUGAUGUGUGGGAGCAAGAGAUGCACCAGGGGGCGCUGCAGAGACAGUUCUUCGGCAGACAGAAGCUGCUGAGUGCAGCUGUAGAGAUGGUGGAGCAGGUCCAGACUAAAGGAGGGAUGAUGGUGGUGGAGGGAGGAGCUGGAGAGGGAAAAACUGUCUUCAUGGCGGCUUUAGCAGAGGCUCUCAGGACAGGAGUGAAGUCCAGGAAAAACCUCAUCUUUGAUGUCAUCACCUACUCUACAGCUGCCAGCCAAUCAGCUUGCUCUGCAGAGAACCUGCUCCGAUGCCUCGUUCAGUGCCUGAGGGAAAUUAAAGACACUAAGGAGGAGGCACCUCUACCCUAUUCUUACAGAGAUCUGCUGUCAGAGUUUAACUCCAGUAUAAGUGACAUGAAGACGGUAAAACCUCUGGUGCUGCUUGUUGAUGGAGUGGAUCUCGUUCAGGACGGCAGAGGUCAGCUCGUCUCUGAUUGGAUACCACAGCAGCUUCCAAAGGGUGUUUGUUUGGUUGUGAGCAUCCCAUCCAAAGCUGCUCUCCUACAAACUCUGUCCAAGAAAAGAGGCAUUGUCCUGUUAUCUCUGGGUCAGCUCACCAUGCUGGACCGAAAAGAGAUCGUUCAGAAGGGACUGGACAGGUUCGGGAAGAAACUCAGUGACUCUGCAUUCAACAACCAGCUCCAGACACUGGUGAUGAAGAAGGGAGCAGUGAGUCCUCUGUACCUGCACCUGGCCUGUGAGGACCUGCGGAACUACGCCUCCUUUGACAAGUUGAAGGAGAACCUGGAGGGCUUGCCUCAGUCUCUGGGUCAGUUGGUGCAGUACAGCCUGGACAGACUCUGCUCACAGUACAGAGGCAUGCUGGGACUCCGUUGGGCCCUGGCAGCACUCACUGUCAGCGCCACAGGCCUGAGGGAGAGAGACUUCUACUCUGUUCUGAACACAUGCAACGACUUACCCCAACGCGGUUGUCAGGCCACAUGGGAGGAAGUUCUACUUUUGACCAGGAAGCCCAAAGGACGCAUUUCCAUGGCACCUUUCACUCGUGUAGUGCAAAGUUUACAAAAUCUGAUUGGUUCGCCUCAUCGCCACAACACUGACCACACCCUGAUUCUGACCAAUCAGGAGGUGAGGAGGGCCUUUGAGGACUUUCUGCUCCCAACAGAGAAAGACAGAACCAGAGCUCACCUUGUGCUCGCAGCUCAUCAGUGGGUUCUAGCCGACUCACAGGGCACAGACACCUUCCUGCACUGUGAGGCCAGCUCUGUCAUGCACCUGCCUACAAACCUGAUUCAAAGUGGUCAAACGGAGGCUCUCCAUUCUCUGCUCUCCAACUACUACUUCCUGUACGCUCAGGUGCGUCACGGUCUCCUGCACCAACUCCUGGAGACUUACUGCUCAUAUGAUGACAAGCUUGACUCUGUAGCCUCAUUUGGUUCCCGAAGUCGCCUUGAAGACUGCCGUAGUUUCCUGAAGCGCCACGCUCAGCUGCUCUCCUCCUGGCCGGCUCUUUUCAUCCAGCAAGCUCUCAAUGAGCCUCCUAAGACAUGUGCUCACACCUGGGCAAAGGGCAUCAAAGGAAGGGUCCGUGUUGUGGAGUGCCUGAAUAAUGACAAUAAGAUCCAACAGAAGCCCAGUGAGCUGGUGUCGACCUUCUCCUCUGAACCGACCUGUGUGGUUGAGAGCCCAGAUGAAGAGCUGAUGGUGGUUGGCACUGGACAGGGAACACUGCAUGUCAUCAACAGGGAGACGGGACAGGAAGUGAAAUCUCUGGUGAGCAGCUGUGAUGGCAUCUCAAGCUGCGUGUUUCUUAAUCAUGGCCGCCUUGCUACCACCUCCUAUGACGGACGGAUGGAAAUCUGGGACAUCUGGAACAGCUGCAGGAGCGCUCUGAUUGAUGCCCACACUAACACAAUAACAGCAAGUGACAUCACUGAAGACAGGAAGAACCUCGCAACUGUGUCUCUGGACUUCAUGUUGAAAGUCUGGUCCUCGGCUAAAGGUAACGAGGUAGCAGCCCUCCAAAGUUCCAGCCCUUUGAACUGUGUGACCUUUGACCCAGAGGGUCACCUGCUGGCUGCAGGAUGCUGGGAUGGGAAAGUGAUCAUUUGGAAUUGGCUCCGGAAUAAAAUCAUAACAAACCUGUCCGGUCACCGGCGCUCCGUUCGCAGUGUCUCCUUCGCCCCCUCCUCCUCCAUGCUCUGCUCCGGCUCUGUGUCCGGAGAGGUCAGGGUGUGGUCGGUGCCCACCUCCACCUGUGUGGGAUGUUUCCAGGCUCACUGCGGAGCCACAGAGGCCCUCACCUUCCUGGAGGAGGGGAGCCUGCUGCUGAGUGCUGGCUCUGAUCACAUGCUCCAUCUCUGGUCAGGAGGACUUGGGCGUUCGGUUGCUACAUUAAAAAAUGUGAACGAGCAGGUGCCUCUUCGUAAGAAACAGAAAUCUGUGACCUCUGCACCGGCUGCUCUGUGUGUGGCUGUUAAUGGAGACUAUGCUGCUGUGGGAUAUCAUGGUGUCGGCAUCAAACUCUUCAGUCUGGAGUCAGGAGAGAAGAUCUGGGACUCUGGGCUCGAUGUGACCGUGCCGUCCCUGCAUUGGGUCUAUUUUGACGCAGAGCAGAGCGAAUCUGAGCUACUGGUGUCUGCAGGCAGUGAUAUUCGUCUGAGGGUCUGGAAGAAGAAAGAAGGAGUGGAGGGGCUGCACGGAGGUCUGGACAUGUGGGGAAUGUUUGGUCACCAAAGUCGGCCCAUCCUGGCAAUGGAACAAAACUCAACAUACCUGGCUACAGCUUCAGAUGACUGCCGUGUUGUUCUGUGGCUGCUGAGCGAUCUGGCUGAAGACCCCUGCAUGGAGCCUCAUGCACUGCUGAAAGGCCACACAGGAGGAGUCACCUGUCUGUCUUUCAGUCCUGAUGGUGGGCAGCUGCUGUCAGGGGGAAAAGAUCAGGCUCUGAUGGUUUGGGAUGUGAGUGUGACUCCUGCUGUCCUCUCCAAGUCGCUCCCUCACUCUCACAGAGACUGGAUCACCGGCUGUGUGUGGACUCCAGACUGUGUGGUUAGCUCGUCAAACGAUGGCAGGCUUUGUUUCUGGGAUCUGCAGGCAGCCAAUUGUCUCAAAGAAAUCUCCUGGACCAGUUCUCUCUCAUCAGUCUGCUGUCUGGGACAGUUUGUGAUGGCUGGCUGUGCAGAAGGAUCGCUUCAUGUUUGGAACUGGGAGACAAACUCAGAAAUCAGCCACAUCGCUGCACACAAACAGCGUAUUCACCACUGCUCUGCCCUACCAAACACAGACAAAGACAAAGAAGUCAACCCAGAGGAAAUGACUAUCCUCACUGCGUCUGAAGAUGGCACGGUGCAGCUCUGGAAACCACUGCAGGUGGAGCACUUCAACACCUUCCCUGGUCACAGCGGCUCCAUACACGCUGUUGUUCCCAAAGAAGGACUCGCAGAAUUCCUCACUGUCUCUGAAGACUGCUCACUGCGAUGCUGGACGUUGACUAAAGAGGGUCCCUCCAGCCCGAGAGGUCCGGUCACAGCUCUGUGCUUCUCUCAGAGUGAUGAUCUGCUUCUUGUUGGUUAUGAAUCCGGAUAUCUGGAAAUAUGGCAGGACAACACCGUGAUCGGCCACAAGCAGACUUCAGCCAGCACUGUCACAGCGAUCUGCUACAUGCCUGAUGACCAGUACGGUGUCAGCUACAUGAAAAACGUUGUUGACGUGUGGAAGCUGGUGUGGAAUCAACAACACAGCACAGCAAGCCUGGUGAAGGUCACUACGUACAAAGUGGACGUGCCUGUGGUUCAGCUGAUGUACUGCUCGGCCCUGUUGGGCGUGACUUUAAAUGGAAUGAUAUUUGACGUCAUGAAUGACGGAGAACAAGAAUGGGGGGGCUCAAUCUCAAAUUGGUCAGAGAGGAUCCGAAUAAUGCAUCUGAUCCGCAACGACAAAAUAAGCAUGUGGCUUUUGGGCGAAGCGGAGGACCAUGUUGAGAUUGGCUUCAUUUUCACUCUGGGCCGCAAACAAAGCUUGCAUACAAAUUUCAGCUCAUCGAUCCUGGAGACUGAGGAGGAGGAGGAGAAAAAGAAGAAGGGGAGCCUGAUCACAGCUGUAACUAUGUCUGGAGAGUUCUUUGUGUGUGGAGACGUGAAGGGCAACAUGUGGUUCUUCCAGGCUCCAGAUAAGUCCACAUGGCGCAUCAGAAAACCUGCCCACCGUAACAGGAUCAGCGUGCUCAGACUCACUGACAGCACCAUCAUCUCCGCCUCCUACGACAGGACCGUGAAGCUGUGGGACAGAAACACCAAGAAACAGGUUGGGAUGUUUGUGUGUGAAGCUCCUGUUCUGCUUCUGGAGGUGAACCCUAAAAAUCCCACUGAGCUGGUUUGUGGUGACGAACAGGGAAAACUCUACUUUCUCUCCUGGAAAGAAUAAGCCUUAAAAUAAAAUAUUAUACACUAAAUAUACUCAGCUGACCAAAGAUUGCCCGACAUGCUUUGCUUCCUCUUUGCUUCAGUCAUGGUGAAAGUGCAACAAAUACCAAAAAGAAGGGGUUAAUAUUAACACUAUAUUCAGGAAGACAGAUGUAACAGCUGCAGAGCCGUGUUUACUUGUGCCUUUAAUUUAGAUGUUAAGAAACUUGAAAUGUAAGAAGCAAGUAUAAAAAAAUAAGGUUUGAAUUUGUAUUUGUUUGGUUGUUUUGUUUGAAUAUCAUAUUAUAAUGAAAUAUAUGAAACACUUGAAGUGGAUACCUGGGUGCAAUAAUCUUGAAUGUUGCUUUUUAUGUAUUACAAAUUAAAUUUAUGUUUGAUCAGCACUA